AUGUUGAAGACGACCUACACCAGUGGCGGCGGUCGAUCGCGGAGAUACGAAACCUGGACGGCUACACAAGUUUUCUUACCGAAGCUCAGACCAAACAAAGGAUCCAUAAGCAGACGCGCCACAGGGGGAAACAACAGCAACAAGGCACAAAAGGAAUACCUCGCACAUAUCUACGCCGAUCGGACCCCGCAGGAUUACGAGCGUGUGAAGCAAGCGCUUAGGAAGGACCUGCGACACGGGCGACGAUGGUCAAUACUAGUCAAUGGGUUCGUUGCCGAGAAUGGAGACAGCAUCUCAGGGCUCGGCCUGGGGCUUCUCUUGCUCUGUGGACCAGGCGUUGCUAGAAAAAUCACAUCCGCCGGUCUCACACGCAUAUAUUGA